UGAAAAUGACUCUUUCUCAUACAAUUUAGAAUUAAGAAGACAUUUAAAGUUUAAAGUCUGAGCAUUUGUAAAUAGUCAUUCAGACCUCUGAAUAGGUUGUAUUGGAUAAAAUUGAAUGCAAGAAUUUAACUCUAGUUGUGGAGUAUGAUUUAUAUAUUUAUAUUUUUUAGGGGAUUUCUAAAUUAUAAGCAUUAUGCUUCUUUACUCUUAUCAUUGAAUCACUUAAAUUUAAGCAGUUUUAAAUUGAAAUAUGGGUAAAAUGUUUUUUUAAUAAAAUAGGGUAAAUAAUUAAUUUUCAGAUGAAGAUGGAAGAAUUUUGGCAAAAUUUAUUUAAAAUUAAAAAAGCCUUAUAUCUUUAGACAUUCAUUUUGAUUUAAAUAAUCCAAUAAAGUAAUUAUAACCAAUUUUGGAAGCAAUAAAAAAUCAUGAAAAUGAACUUAUGCAUUUAAAAUUAAAUUUUGAGUAAGUAGUAAAAAUAAUUAUAGGGAUGAAUUACCACUAUGUUUUAAAGAUUUAUAAUUUAUUACAUCUAAAAAAUUAUAAUCAAUUUCUUUAUAGAUUGGUUAAGGAGUUUGUGUGGGUUAAAAUUGGUCACAUUUUGAAAAUGUUUUGGAGAGUUCUAUUUUAAAAGAGUUUACCUUAUUUAUAAGUCCAUUUAAUAAAUUAGAUAAAUCAUUUCAUUUUUUUUUUAAAUGGAUGGAAUCCUAAACAAAAAUUGAAAAAUUAAAUAUAUCAGUAGGUGCUUAAACUGAUUUAGAUGAAUAAGCACUUACUUAAUUAGGUUUAGCACUUUAAAAAAUUGAGAAUUUAAAGCAUCUUAAUUUAUUUUUACAUGAUACCAAAAAUUUGACAUAACAUUCUUUUGAUUAAAUUGUAAAAUCAUUUGGAAAAUUAGAAAACUUAGAGUUAAAUUUAGGGUAUAAAUAUAUAUAUAUAAAUCAAUAGUAACAAUUAUGGGAUUAACAAUUAUGAUACUUUAUAUUAAGAAGUGAAAAAUAUAUCAUAUGUUAAAUUGUCAUUAGGAACUUACCAUAAAUUUAUUUCAUAGGAGUUAUUUUUAAAUUGCAAUAUUAAAAUAUUGGAUAUAAAGUUAUAGAAAGGAAGUACAAUAAAGCAAGGAAGUUUCAAAUCUAUUGAAAGUUUUUUAGAGAAAACAGAGAAAUUGACUAUUGAAUUGAGUGAAGGAAAAGAUUGUUCAGAUUUAGAUUUGAUAGAUUUGAUAGGUUAAAUUACUCCUGGUUGUGAUAUUAGAAUAACAACAAAUACAUAAUUGAUUAGAAAAAUCAAAUAAACAUUGUAAAUUUAAUUGGAUACAAUUUAAUCUAUAAAAGUAUUGUUUAAUACUUUAAGUUAAAAAUUGGAUUUGUUUUAGAAUUUAAAAAUCUAUAUAAAAUCUACUAGCAUAGAAUAAGAAUCAGUGGAUUCAAUUAUAAAAUAAUUACAAUAAUCUUAAUUAAAAGUUUUAAGUUUGAUAAUUAAAAAGAUCAACAAUUUUUAGUGCAAUUAAAUGAUUGAUUUAUUUUAAUAAAUAGUAGUUUUAAAGUAAUGGACAUUUUUGUCAAUAGAAGUUGUGUAGAGAUGUAUAAUGUAAUUAUAUGGAAAAUCAUUAACUAAUUAAUAAGUUAAUUUUUAAGUGCAUUCAGGGUUAAAAUUAGGAUAAUAAGGAAUGGAAUUUAUAGCAAAGUCAUUAAAAAGUAUAAACAUCACAAAAUUGAGAUUGACAAUAUUGUAAAUAUUAAAUAAUAUUGAGUUAGAUUAGAUAAUUGUUUAAAUGAAUAGGGAUUGAAACAAAUAACAUUAGCUUUAUUAAAUAGUGUGAAUUUAUAGAAAGCAUCACUAUAGAUUUUGGAUUCUAAUUAAUAAUUAUAAUAAUACAUGAGUAAGAUGUAAGCAACAAUAAAUUAAUACAUAAAAGAUAAGACAAAAUUAUAAAAGUCUUAUUGUUUAUUUUUAUAGAAAGAACUAAACAAUAAUAAGAAAUAGAUAUCAUAACAAAUGUUAAUAGGAAUUGCAGAUUAUUUGAUAGAAGAUGUUGUAUUGCCAGUUCCAGCUGCAGGUCAAUAUCAUAAUCAAUAAGGAGGAUUUGGAUCUAGUUGGAAUCCAUAAUAAAUAAUAGAGAUAUUUGGAUAAUGAAGGAUACAAAAAAUUUAUUAAAUUAUUAAUAAUU